AUGGGAAACCAUCACUCCACGGGGCACUUUUUCAACCUCUGCGGUUGCACCGAUGUCAUCGGUUUCGAGGGCAGCGCCAAGGCAGUCAUCAACAUGUAUGAGAUCAAGCCUUGGAACGCGCGGAGCUUGAUUCGUGACAAUCUCAACAAGCAGGGCGACUUGGCGAGGAAGUCACCCCUGCGGAAAGUGCCGAUCAUGGAUGGUCUGGAGUACUUUCAGAAGCAGAUCAGGAGUUCCAUGUUUGGAUCCCGAGAGCUGACGAAGGAUCGCUUCGUGGAAAUCGCCGUGAUGCUCUUAGGUCAGCAGAACAUCCCGCACAACCCUCGCGAGCGGGAGGAUCUCUACCAGAUCUUCGACUCCAUGGACUUCGACAAGAAUGGGACCCUGAGCACAGGGGAGUGGGCAGCUGGCCUUUCCGUGUUCUUCAAGGGCUCCAUGGAGGAGGCCGUGCGAGCCGUGUUCCGCUGCCUGGACGCCAACGAGAACGGCGCCAUCUCCAAGUCGGAGCUCCAGGUCUACCUGUCCCCUUUCGUCAAGGCCAUGUCCCCGCCUGAGGCUGCGGCCCUUCGGCCCAUCCUUGAGAAGAAGGCAGUGGACGACAUCUACUACGACAUGGACAUGGAUCACCAAUCCGACAUCUCCAGCGAUGAGAUGCUGGCGUGGAGCCGCCGCGGAAAUAACAUCAUCGACCGUUUGGCCGACAUCAUCGACCAGGAGGUCUACCAGCUCUGGCUGGCGGAGUCCAAGAGGAAGAACCAGAAUCGGAGGUACUCGGACCCUAGCAGCGCGAGCCCUGCAGGGAGCAGCCCAGGGAGCGGACGCUACGAGGCAAUGCCGAUGGACUACCAAGAGCCUGGUUACGGCCAGCGUGCGUCGAUGAGUUCCAUGGGCCCUGGCCCAGCUCAGCCAGGGUACGAGCAUUCUGAGUAUGGCCCGGGGCCAUAUCAACAGCCCAACACGGGUUACUCUGGAAACUUCCAGUCUUCGUACGCCUCACCGCCUGCCUACAGCUCCCAGUCGCCACAGUACUCUCAGUACGGCGGCGGCAUGGCGCAGGAUGCCAGGGCUCCGCCUCCGGACCUCCACGAUCCUUUCGCCCAGCCGCGCGCCGGAGCCAUGCCGCCGCCACCUCCACCUCCCGCGCCCGGGCGGGGUGCACCGCCUGGCUAUGCUGGAGGUGGCUGCGCGCCUACCCAGGCCUACUCCGCGUACAGCAGCGCACCCUGUCAGUCUUCGUCUCCACAGUAUCGAGGCCGAUACUGA